AUUCUGCACAUGCGUGGACACCUGCUCUCAGGCCUGUGUCCUCUCCAGGGGCGCGGGUCGAUCCUCGCCAUUCGAGUUCGUCGGGCAUUGGGUCCAGCGCCCCUUCCACUGUCCAACUUUCAGAGCUGACAAAGGCUGGAGUGAGAUAGUGAGGGGACUGGCUAUCUGAAGUACACUCUUGCCUAUUCCCAAUGUCAACUCCAGGGCUGAGAAAACUGCCUUCGAAGCCCAAGCUCCAGAUGCAAUGGUUUCCUCCAUUUUGUACAGUUUCUUACAGUCUCUAGGAAGAGCACGGCCAUGUUCCAUGCAACAAUGGAUUUCAGCUAAGCCAUUUCUGGACACCAGGCAUGCGAUGUUGUUUCUGACUGCCAGCAAGAAGGGUCUACCAAACCUGCCUGUGGUGGCUGAAGCUGAUUUAGAUGAGCAGUUUGUCCGCGGACAUGGCCCUGGGGGUCAGGCAACCAACAAGACCAGUAACUGCGUUGUACUCAAACACGUCCCGUCUGGAAUUGUUGUAAAGUGCCAUCAGACGAGAUCGGUGGAUCAGAACAGGAAAAUAGCCCGAACAAUUCUGCAACAAAAGCUCGAUGUCUAUUACAACGGGAUCGACAGUGAAGUUAUGAAGCAAAAACAGGAACAGCAGUGGAAGAAACAAGAGAAGAAAAAGAAAGCAAAAGAUAAUUUGGAAAGAAAGCGACAAUUUAAGAAUCUUUUAAAAGAAUCCAUAGAUGCUACUUAACUGAAGUAACUUAAUCAUGUCAGUAAUUUUUUUUGAAGCACCAUGUGUAGUCUAAUUAUCCGAUAAUAAACAACCUGUGGUUAAAAGACUGGCCAAUAUUUGUCUUGCGGAGACACAAGAUCCUGCAGAUGCUGGAAAUCUGGAGCAGCACACUAAGGUGCUGGAGGAUCUCAGUGGGUCAGGCAGCAUCUGUGAAGGGAAAUAGACAGUUGACAUUUCAGAUCCAGACCCUUCAUCUGGACUAGAAAGUGCAGUCCAAGGUGAAAAAUGUGUUAUCAGGGGUUCCUGUCCUUUUUUUUUAAUGCCAUGGACUAUUGUAAUGUGAACAGUCACUAGAAAGAUGCAGCUAGUAGAUACGUAGUAGUGUCUUUAUUUGACAAAAUGAGACACAGCAGGCAUCAUAUUGAGACCCUUUUGGGGGAAGAAGCCUGCUCAAUCCAACAUGACGUGACAUUUUAUAAGCUAAAGAUCAAAAUGUCUCUACAGUGCUUCUUUUGAAUUACAUAUAUCUUUUACAUAUAACUUUCACACCCACACUCCCGACACCCAAAUUAUAUUGUAUCAGCAUUGUCUGGUUUUCCAAUUAACUGCAGUUCGUAGCUCUUAGGAACCUGUUGCCCAGAGCUGCAUUUUAAGUAUUCAGAUCUGAAGAUUGGUGGCUGAAGUUUGCUGCUGAAGUGAAUAUUUUGCCAUACAGCCUAAGUAUAGAAUAUUGUCUAACAGGACCAGUGUCAUUAAGCAAGGGAUCUGUGGACCCCAGGUUGGGAACCCCUGUCCUAGAUGGUGUUGGUCACAAAGGAAUGGCUAACUCGUGUAUUUGACAUUUAAGUAAUAUUUGAGUAAUCUUGUGUGAUAUAUAGUAUUCUUGCUUGUUUAAAUAAUUAAUUACAGGUUACAUGUAAAAAAAAUACACUAAUGGCAUAUGUCACCAUGCAUGCCUCACUUAAAGUAAAAAUAAAGCCAGACUCGCAUUUUGGACCCUGUGUCUUCCUUUCGAUUAAAUUAAAGUUUCGAAGUUACAAAACGUAAAUCAGUUGAUGAUCGGUCAACAAUAGAGUGGAUGAGGAGAAGAUGUUUCCUAUGAUGGGUGAGUCUAGGACCAGACAGUGUAGUCUCAGAAUAGUGGGGCGUCAAUUUGGAAUGGAGAUGAGAAGGAAUUUCUUUAGCCAGAGGCUGAUGAAUCUGUGAAAUUUGGCUGUGGAGGCCAAAUCAUUGGGCCAAAUCAUUAAGGCAGAGAUUGAAUAAUUCUUGAUUAGUCAGGGUGUGAGGGAAAUGGAUCAGCCUUAAUCAAAUGAUGGGCCAAAUGGCCUAGUUCUGCACCUGCGUCUUGUGGCCUAAUACUUGUGUCUGGUAGGUUUGCAGAAAUGACUUUCUAUAUGAGGAAUAGUUUCAUCACAGGUGAGAAGUUAAGGAUUUGGGAUUGAAACAAUUGGAGGAGGUGAUCGUGAGAUUUUAACCAACACUGUUUCGCUGGUCAGUUGAGGAGUGGUGACUGUGGCAGCAAAAACACAAAAGCACUCAUCGUACUUUUUAACUAGAGCAAGGGACAUACUGCUCAUCAUCAUCCUUCACCAAGAAUAGCCGCCACAGUAACACAGUGGUGAGCACAACAAUAUUACAGCUUGAGGUGUCACAGUUCAAUUCCAGUGUCCUCUAAGUCUGUCCUCCUCCUGAAUGUGCAGGUUUCCCCUGGGGUCCUCCAAUUUCCUCCCACAGUUUAAAGACAUACCUGUUAGUAGCUUAAUUAGUCAUUGUACAUUGUCCCAUGAUUAGGUUGGGGUUAAAUCAGUGGGUUACUGAACGACAUGGCUGGAAGGGCCUAUUUAGCACUAUAUCUCUAAAUCGGGGUUCCCAACCUUUCUUAUGCCAAAGGUCACAGGUGAACUGGAAAUAACUCAGAUGUGUAGCUGGAAUGGUUGGAUUGAGUUGUUCUCUGAUCUUGGUGAUCUGGGAAAAGUCAGGCUGUUAAUGAUUCCACGUGGACAGUCACAGGUUGCGCACUCCCGUUGCACAAUACACAGAGAUUCCUCUUGCACUCUCUGCAAGUUGUCUUUCAUGUUUGCCUUCACGGAGUCAGAGUGCACCUUCAGCCCACAAGUUAGCUACUCCUACCGUGGGAUAAAGAUUGUGACUAUACACC